AUGGCCUCUGCAUACGAACUGGAGCCCUGGUGCGUGACGGACGCUCCUAGCCACGAGACGGAGGGUCUGGUACCCAUCGUGGCCCACGAGGAGCUCCAUCCGAGCCUCAUGGCCGGAAAUAAUCAGUUCCCCUUUGCCGUGCAAGGAGAUCUCGAGCCAUGGACGGUGGACCAGCUGGGCUGGAACAAUAAUGCUCAUGCCGAAUUCGCCAAAGUGGCUGAGGCCCAGCGGUAUCCGCAAUCGUGGGUGGAGGCGGGCCUGACGAUCCACUCCGCUGGCGGCAAGUGGGAGAACUGGGAGGACGCGAGCGUUAUCUAUGAUCAACAACAACUAUAUCCCGAUCCACUAGCUCAAGAUGCAGAGCGACAACGGUGGAGCUCCCUAAUGGCCACUCAACGAGCCCUCUUUAUGACUCCGUCCGUGCAACCCACAGCCUUCCCGACCUUCCCAGGGUCACCUAUUUCCGAUCCGUGCGGUACGCCGGAGCCCAGCCAUGCCUCAUUCGGCCGCUGGGAGACCGACCAAGACAGCGAAGACAUGCAAUCGUCUCGGUCCCCCGACUCCCCCAACACCCACGCCACCAUGUCCGAUAGACUUGCCUAUGCACACUCAUCACAUCACAUGGAAGAAGAAGAAUACCCGACCACCCUAGAAAUGCCAGAUGGAAGCACCCGCCGAACCUCCAACUGGCUCCCGGUAGAUGCAAGUGCCGGGUUCACCAUUGGGGCGGACCAGCUUGGUCCGGCUCAGGGAGAACAUGAGAUGCACAACUUUCGCGAGAUGCAAGGAGCAUUUAUCCCAGCAGAUCCCAUCGGUUGGACAUACAACCAAUGA